UCCACAUUUAUCUCUGCACAGGACUGACAUCAGUUUAUCAACACAACCUCUCUGUCACCUGAAACCACACCCCCUCUCAAAACGCACCUCCCACAAGACCCCGCCUCCUUCCAAAACACGCCCCUUUGCUUCCUCCUCCUAACCACACCCCUUGCACUCUGCAGAUCCAGGAAGUGAGACUCACAGAUCAGUUUCGCUUUUCUUAAAACAGCUUCACUACUGCUGCUCCUCUCUGUGCAGUUUUUACUCGUCAGGAAAAUGGCAGAAGGCGGUAUCUCAGUUUCCCAGGACCAGCUCAGCUGCUCAGUGUGUCUGGAUCUGCUGAAGGAUCCAGUAACUCUUCCCUGUGGACACAGUUACUGUAUGGGCUGUAUUAGAAACUGCUGGGAUCAGGGUGAUCAGACUGGAAUCUACAGCUGCCCCCAGUGCAGACAGACCUUCACCCCAAGGCCUGUUCUGGGCAGAAACACCCUGCUGGCUGAAGUGGUGGAGAAACUGAAGGAGACAGGGCUCAGUGGUCCUCCUGCUCCCAGUCCUGCUGGCCCUGGAGAUGUGCUGUGUGACGUCUGCACUGGGAGACAGGUGAGAGCUGUGAAGUCCUGUCUGGUGUGUCUGGCCUCUUACUGUCAGACUCACCUCCAGCCUCACUAUAAUAUAACUCCACUGAAGAGACACAGGCUGGUCAAUGCUACUGGACGGCUGGAGGAGAAGAUCUGUCCAGAUCAUCAGAAACUGCGGGAGGUUUUCUGCAGGACGGACCAGACCUGCAUCUGUCUGCUGUGCUCAGACUACCAGCAUAGAGACCAUGACACAAUAUCAGCUGAGAGUGCAUGGGCAGAGAAAACAAGGCAGUUGAAGGACAGACAGACAGAAUCUCAGUGGAAUCUUGCAAGCAGAGAGAAGGAGCUGCAGGAGCUGAGACAGGCUGUGAAGUCACUCAGAAGCUCUGCACAGACUGCAGUACAGGACACUGACAGGAUCUUCACUGAGCUGAUCCGCUCCAUUGAGAGAACACGCUCUGAGCUCACACAGCUGAUCAGAGCUCAAGAGAGGGCUGCAGUGAGUCAGGCUGAAGGACUCCUGGAGCGACUGGAGCAGGAGAUCGCUGAGCUGAGGAGGAGAGACGCUGAGCUGAGCCAGCUCUCACACACAGAGGAUCACAUCCAUUUCCUCCAGAAGUUCCAGUCUCUUUGUGUCCCAGCUGGAGCUGGAGACUCAACCAGGGUCUCCUUUAAGAAACUGUCCUUUGAGGUCACAGUGAAAGCUGUCUCUGGACUGAAAACACGACUGGAGAGAGUCUGCAAGGAGGAAUUAGUCAAGAUCUCCAGAACCAGGACCGAGAUCUGCUGCGUACAGGAGCCCCAGCCCAGGACCAGAGCCCAGUUUCUGAGAUAUGCCUGUCAGCUCACACUGGACCCCAACACAGCGCACAGACACCUGCGUCUGUCUGAGGGGAACAGGAGGGUGACCUGGAAUGAGAAGACCCAGCCCUAUCCCAACCACCCUGGGAGAUUCGACUGCUAUUACCAGGUGCUGUGCAGAGAGGGCCUGUCAGACAGACGCUGUUACUGGGAGGUGGAAUAUACUGGCAAAGUGGAUAUAGGGGUCACCUAUAAAGGAAUCGGCAGGAAAGGAGAGGGUGAUGGAUGCAUCCUGGGAUAUAAUGACAAGUCCUGGAGACUGAACUGCUCGGAGUCCGGUUACGCCGUCUGGCACUGUAAGAACGAAACUCCAGUAACGGCUCGGCACUCCAACAGGAUCGGGGUGUAUGUGGAUCACGAGGCGGGAACCCUCUCCUUCUACAGCGUCUCUGACCAAAUGAUCCUGCUGCACAGAUUCCAGACCUCCUUCACUGAGCCCCUCUAUCCCGGCUUCUGGGUUCGAUGGAGUGGCUGUGGUGUGAAACUGCUGUCAUCUGUAACACAGGAGGGCUGAUCUCUGCCCGCCCCCGGUCCAGUGCCUCAGCGGCCGGCUGGAUUGAUUUUUUCUCCUGGACUUGGUUUUCACACUACAAAUGACCUCCUACAGAAUGACACAUCCUCCGGGAAUUCUUGUUGGGCUGCAGUUUGGUUCCAGGUCACAAGUCGGCAGGUCUUUUCUAAAAGAGUCGUUUUCUAAAACUGGAUCGUGAGAGCUUUCUAAUCGCCUAUAACUGCAGGUUCCAGUCUGAGACUGAAGCACGAUGGAUUUGAGAAAGUUUCCAUUUUUGUUCAUUUUUCCCUGCUGACUAAAACCCUCGCUGAGCACAGUGGAGAGUCAGCAGGAAGCCUCAGAAAGUCAGCCAGCAGGAAGCAGGAAGCCUCAGAAAGGAAGUCAGCAGGAAGCAGGAAGCCUCAGAAAGGAAGUCAGCAGGAAGCAGGAAGUCUCUGAACCUGACCUGGACAAAGGGAUUGUUCCAUCGGAAAUCUCCUGGGAUUGGGAAAAGGAGAUUUCCAUGCAAAUCCUAAUUAAACAGUUCACAUAGUGUAGCUCUCAGAGAGGAGAGAUGCGUCUCACAAGUACUUUCUCCUGCCGCUGUGGCUGAAGACAUCACAGUGCGUCAUCAGCCUCUGCUCUCCUGGAGCGAGAUUCUUCUCGGUGCUGUUAGAUCUAAUCUGAGACAGGGGGACAAUACGGAUUCAGGAAGGACAUCCCGAGAGGGGCCCAGCCUGGGACUGUGGCUCAUUUCAGUGCCUUGAGCCACAAAGUCUGCACAGGAAGUGGCCUCCCAGCUUUAGGCCAACAUGUAUUUUUGUGGAAUGAAGGAAAAGCCAGGACUCGGCUCAGGCUUUAACAUUCAGCUUUAAGGCCGUUAGAAAACAGGACAGGAGGGACAGGCUGCUUCAGGGCUCUCAGCAGCAGCUGGUAGAAAUAAGUUUGGUUGAAGGUAAAAGCAUCAGCAUGAACUGGGAACAGAGGAAAUUAAUGAGCAGUUAUGAUGCAGCUUUAAAACCUCAAAUUCCAAGCUCCUGUCUCUCCCUGUUAUAUUAACUUGAAUACAGCAAGGUCUUUAAUGUUUUCUUUAGCAUUUACAAUAACUACAGCAAUGUCAGAUAUAACCAC